AUGGAUGCAAUGAAAUCUUCUCAUGAUGAAAUAGCUUUACAAGGUAUUGAAUUUUGGUCAAAUGUAUGUGAUGAAGAAUAUGAAUUACAAUUACUGCAACAAGAAGCACAAGAACAAAAUCGUCAACCUGAACGAACAAGUCGUUAUUACGCACGUGGUGCUUUACCAUAUUUAGUACCAGUUUUACUUCAAAGAUUAACUAUGCAAGAAGAAGCAGAUGAUGAUGAUGAUUGGAAUCCAUGUAAAUCAGCUGGUGUUUGUCUUAUGUUAUUAGCUAAUUGUGCUGAAAAUGCCAUAGUUCAAUAUGUAUUUCCAUUUGUUAGUUCUAAUAUAAAACAUACUGAUUGGAGACAUCGAGAAGCAGCUGUUAUGGCAUUUGGUUCAAUGUUAGAAGGACCUGAUGUUGCAACAAUUAAACCAAUAGCUGAACAAGCUAUACCAUUUUUACUUGAAUUAUUUCGUGAUUCAAAUGUUGCUGUACGUGAUACAACAGCAUGGACAAUUGGACGUAUAUUUGAAUUUGUUUCCCAAGCUGUUAUGAAUGAAGAAUUACUUCGAGCUAUUGGAAGUACACUUGUAAAUGGUUUAAAUGAUGUAUCACGUGUUGCAACAAAUAUUUGUUGGUCAUUUUCAAGUUUAGCACGAGCAGCAUAUGAUCAUGCAGAAAGUUCAGAAGAUGAUGAAACACCAAGUACAUAUUUAUUAUCACCAUUUUUUGAUGAAAUUGUUAAAAAACUUAUUGAAACAACGGAUAGACCUGAUGGUAAUCAAUCAAAUUUACGUAAUGCAGCUUAUGAAGCAUUAAUGGAAAUGAUUCGACAUAGUCCAAAAGAUUGUUAUGUUACUGUUCAAAAAACAACAGUAACUGUACUUGAUCGUCUUAAUCGUGUUAUAUCUGUUGAAAGUCAUGCAUCAAAUCCAAAUGAUAGAGUACAAAUAAGUGAUCUUCAAUCAUUACUUUGUGCAACACUUCAAAGUGUACUAAGAAAAAUGCAUCCUAAUGAUGCACCAUUAAUAUCUGAUCCAAUAAUGCAAGCUUUAUUACAAAUGCUUAAAACAAGUGGUGGUAAAACAAGUGCUGUUCAAGAAGAUGCACUUGUUGCUAUAGGGACUCUUGUUGAAGUAUUGGGAAUGAAUUUUAUCAAAUAUAUUGAUCAUGUUCUUCCAUUUAUAUAUGAAGCAUUAAAUAAUCAUUCGGAAUAUCAAAUAUGUGCAGCAGCUGUUGGUGUUGUUGGUGAUUUAAGUCGUUCAUUACUUGAUAAAUUAGCGCCAUAUUGUGAUCAAAUAAUGACACAUUUAUUUGCUUGUCUUGCUAAUGAUAAAUUACAUCGUUCUGUAAAACCACAAAUUUUAAGUACAUUUGGUGAUAUAGCUUUAGCUAUUGGUGGACAUUUUAAAAAAUAUCUUGAACAUGUAUUAAAUACACUUAAUCAAGCAUGUCGUGCACAAGUAUCUAAAAAUGAUUAUGAUAUGAUUGAUUAUUUAAAUGAAUUACGUGAAGGUUGUUUAUCAGCAUAUACUGGUAUAAUUCAAGGUCUACGUAAUUCUGCAACAACAAAUACAGUAGCACUUGCUGAAUUACAAUUAGUUACAGCUCAAUUACCAUUUAUAGUGCAAUUUCUUGAAACUAUCGCACGUGAUCCAAAUAAAUCCGAUUCAAUAAUCGGUGCUGCUAUUGGUUUAAUUGGUGAUCUUGUAACAUCAUAUGGUCAAGUUAUGUUACAAUUUGUUGAACGUGAACCAUUUGAAAAAUUAUUAGCAGAAGGUAAACGAUCAAAAAUAAUGAAAACAAAAACAUUGGCUAAUUGGGCAAUUAAAGAAAUAAGAAAAUUAAAAACUAAUUAA